GGUACGUACUGGCUUCUGAUAUCAAACCCCACGUUGCCUUAUCGACAUCCGACUAUCACAAAACAAAACUUGACCACCGGAAUUUGCGACAGCACUUUACCAAUGAGGCCAACGCAACAAUCAUCCGCCGAUUGAUAGGACGGCGGAAGGACGAAUCGCCUUCUUCCGAACCCUGGGCUCGUCCCGUUAAAGCAGACAACCCACUAGCCAGAAACCGCCGCCAGGAUGCAGGGCUUCAACAUGGGGCGGUACGUCCCGCCGGACCAGGAGGGCGUCAUGUCCGGCAACCGGCUGCACGGCAAGCACCCGCUCGGCUCGCGGGCGUCGCGGCUGCCGGCCGACGGCUCCCUGACGGUGCGGUUCGAAAUGCCCUUCGCCAUCUGGUGCGCCGGCUGCCCGAAGCCGACCCUGAUCGGCCAGGGCGUGCGCUUCAACGCCGCCAAGCGCCGCGUCGGCUCCUACCACUCCACCCCGAUCUUCUCCUUCCGCAUGCGCCACGCCGACUGCGGCGCGGACAUCGAGAUCCGCACCGACCCGCGCAACACCGCCUACGAGGUCGUCUCGGGCGCCCGCCGCCGCGAGGACGCGCGCCCCGAGCCCGGGGACUCCCUCGUCGGCGACUCCAGCUUCGGCGUCGGCGAGGGGGGGGCUGGAGCCGGAGCCAUCGUGACCGAGGCCGAGCGGCGCGACGGGCGCGAGCGCGCCUUCGCCAAGCUGGAGCGGACGAUCGAGGACCGCGCCCGCGUCGCCGUGGCGACGGAGCGCAUCGGCGAGCUGCGGGACGCCGCCGCCCGCCAGUGGGAGGACCCGUACGCGCGCAACCGGCGCCUGAGGCGGGCGUUCCGCGAGGGCAGGCGCGCGAGGGAGGGCGAGGCCGCGCGGGCGGAGGACCUGAGGGACCGGAUGAGCCUCGGCAUCGAGCUCGUGGCUGCGCGGGAGGAGGACACCGUGAGGGCUAGGUUGGUCGAUUUUGGCACCGUUCCGGAGGAGGAGGAGGAGGGGGACGGGACCGUGAUCGGGGACGGGGCCGGCAGGGGACGCGUAGACGAGGCUCUGGCGAGGCCUCUGUUUGGGGUGAGGGCUGGCGAGGCCGAGUUGGGCCGCGGGAGGGAGCCUGAGCGGCCGAUGGCGAAGAUGAAAGGAAAACUGAAAUCCGAGCUGGCAGCGUCGAAGAGGCGGGAGAGCCUCGUUUCUGAGGUCGUCGGUAACACGCGGGCCGCAAAGGAUCCGUUCCUGGCUUUUGGCAGUAAGGAGGUUUCCAAGACGCCGACCCGUCUCCCGGGAAUCAUCAGGAAACGGCGGGCCGAAGACGGACCUGACCCUCCGGAAGGCGAGCCGCCGAUGAUGAAAAUGGCAACGUCAAGUCUGGUCAGUUAUGAUUCGGAUUGAAAGAGAGGGUCCCAUAUGCGUUCAGCUGUUUAGUUCGAGCAUUUUCGAAAAUGAUACCUAGGAACAUGCACAUCAUGGCACAUAGAACAUGGACUACAAAGACCGUUUUGUCACGGACGACGGGGCUUGAGGGGCUGUUGCUCUCUUGAGCUGGCAAUGGCCCGAAAGCUCUCACUAUCUAUCAUUUGCCAAACCAGGGGACUCGAUCCGCAGGGCUGGCUCAUGUGUUGUUUGAGGUUGAUUGG